AUAAAGUCCCGGUCGCUGUCUCACCGCACAGAGAGGCGUCCGGAGAUGAAGCCGGAAGCAGAAGCAGCAGCAGCAGCACGAUGGAGGCGGCGGUGUUCAUCCUGUCGCUGGUGGACUGCUGCGCGCUCAUCUUCCUCUCCGUCUACUUUAUCAUCACUUUGUCUGAUCUAGAAUGUGACUACAUCAACGCCCGAGCCUGCUGCUCCAAGCUGAACAAAUGGGUGAUCCCAGAGAUGGUUGGCCAGUGUCUCUCCACCAUGCUGAUGUUGGUCUCCAUGCAUUGGUUCAUCUUCCUCCUCAACCUGCCUGUAGCAUCCUGGAACAUUUACAGGUAUGUGAAGGUUCCGAUGGGAAACAUGGGCGUGUUUGACCCCACUGAGAUCCACAACCGAGGUCAGCUGAAGUCCCACAUGAAGGAGGCCAUGAUUAAGCUGGGUUACCACCUGCUCUGCUUCUUCAUUUACCUGUACAGCAUGAUCCUGGCUCUGAUCAACGACUGAAGCACCCAUCAAGCCCUCUGACCCCAGCUGCCAAAUUCUAAACUCCAUCCCCUCCCCCCUCUCCCCCAAACCCUCCCAUCUCGCUCUCUUACUGUAUGCAUAAACUGUUUUAGAACAGCAGAGAAGAACCUAACGAAGGCUCACACUGUUCUCUGUGUUAGAAGCUCAGAGUUUUGACUUUGAUACAGUACUAAGGUUAAUAUUUAACCAUGAACACUUCAGUACAAUCAUGACAGUAACCUCUAUGUUUUAUUGUCCUCAAAGGUCUGAUCUAGAGUCAGUGUUCAGUUUGUUCAUUCUGGGUUACUGUAGAAACGUGGUGGACACUAGACGAGGACCUGCAGUGUCUGUAAAGGAAAAGAGCUCUGAAGAUUCUAAACUGUAAUUAGACACACAGGACUUCAAGUAACAACAUCUUUUUUUUAAUAUAGGAACCUUUACCAACAAAGCUUUACAUGGUGUAAGUCAGUUUUCAC